AUGAAUAUAGUUGACGUUUUAUAUUCACUUGUGGAUGUUAAUCAACGAUUUGAUCGAUUAGUACUUGAUCCUCUUACUAUUCGCAAUCUUGAUAUGACUAUUAGAACUUUUGAAUCAAUAUAUGAUGAGACAUUUUCAAUAGAUGAUAAAAUACUUUCAAGAAUAUGUGAUCAAAUCUUAUGUCGAAUUUAUGAUCAAAUAAAUACACUUACUAUUGAACAAUAUUCAAUGAAACGUAUUCUUCAUGCAAAUAAUUAUCCUCAACUAUAUUCAUUAUCACUUAUUAAUUUUGAAGGAGAAAUACUUCAUCAAUAUUUAACAGAUGAUUCUAUUCUUCGUGAUUUGCUUAGUAAACAAAUAACACAUCUUAAUAUUCAUAUAAAAAAUGCAAAUAGAGAAUCGUUUGGUAUCACAUCAGAGAUUUUUAUAUUAAUUUUAUCUUUAUGUGAAAAAUUAACUGAAUUAAAUUUUUGUGAUUUAUUUCUUGAACGAAAACAUUGGAAUCAUUUUUCUCACUUAACAGCACCAAGUUUCAUGUCUUCAACUUUAACUAAAUUAAAAAUUAAUCUUGCAACAUUUGCUGACUGCUUGUUUCUUCUUGAUGCAAAUCUUGAAUGUUUAACAACAUUAAUUGUUCGUGUGAAUUCGAUUUAUUAUCCGAUACGAGACAUAGAUAAUACAGUAUGUAUUCGAUUUUAA